AUGCACUCUGUAGCUGGGCCAUUAGCCGCCCGGCCCGCAGCCAAUUCAGCCACCCUUCUACCCGUUACACCUCAACCACAACCGUCACUGCAGUCCCCGGUUCAGUUUCCUGCAGCUCAGCUGUCUCCAGUGUCUCCAGUGUCCCCAGUGCAGUCUCCCUUAGCACAGUCAUCCACUCAACCACCAGCUCCUCUUUCUCCCCAACCGUCACUACUACCUCUAGUUCAGUCUCCUGUGCAGUCAUCAACUCCACCACCUACUCCACUCUCACCACCACCGUUACUACAGACAUCAGUUCAGUCCCCUGUGCCAGUGCAGACGCCCUCAGUUCAGUCUCCCGUGCAGUCAUCUACUCCACCACCAUUAGUAGCUAAGCUCCCCGGGUCUCCAGUAGCUCAGCUCGUACCUGAACCAUUAGCCCAGCCCCCUGUAGCAGUUCAGUCUUCUGGUCGGCUUAACAUUCAGCCAGGGGUCCCAAUACCCUCUGGCUCUACAUCAGCUCCCGCUGGAAGCUCGGAUGAGUCCAUCCAGCACUCCGCGGCUCCCAUGCCGCCACCUGCCUUCUCCGCUGGAGGGUCCGAGGGGCCCGUUCAGCCCCCUGUCUCCGCUAGAGGUUCUGGUGAGCCCGGCCAGCCCUUCCUCGUCUCCGCUGGAGGGUCUGAGGAGCCCGUCCAGCCACCCUCGUCCUCCUCGCCUGGUCCAGCCUCUGCUUUGGCUUUGCCCACGCCUGGUCCAGCUCCGUCACCUGCAGCGUCCACACCGUCGCCUGCAGCCUCACCGCCUGCAGCAUCACCACCGUCAGGUUCCGCGGCCGUCCCGCUGCCGUCAGGUUCUAUGUCCUCAUCCUCGCCUGGUCCGGCCCCCGAGCCUUCGGCCUCCUCACCUGGUCCGGCCCCCGAGCCUUCGGCCUCCUCGCCUGCAGCUGCCUCCUCGCCUUCGGCCUCCUCGCCUGGUCCAGCACCUCGGCAUCGUUGGCCACUUUCUGGGCCUCUAGCCCGACGUCAUCGCCGUCGUGGGCAGCCCCCAGACCGCUUUCGCCUGAGUCGCCGCCGUUGCCGUGCACAUGGUCGGCCCCCGGAUCCCUUUUGCCUUAGUCGCCACCGUUGCCGUGCGCACGGUCGGCCCCCUGAACUAUUUCGACGUCGUCGCCGCCGUUGCUUUCCGCACGGCCGGCCUCCAGACCGGCUCUGUUAUCUGUGCCACCCACCUGGUCGGCCCUCCGACCGUUUGACUUAUGAACUCUUGUGCCGGCGACCUCCGGGUCGGCCCCCUGAACUGACCUGUGUUUGGACUACUUUCUUGAGCUCCAGUGUUUCCUGUGCCCUGCUUUUGGUUUUGUUCCGAGCCCUCCAUCCUGGGCCCCCUCCGCCCGCCCUGGUUGGGUUGUUUUGUUUUUUGUUUUUCCUGUUGGGCUGUCUGGAGCCAGCCCUUACCUGGGGGGGGGGUACUGUCACGGUCCUGGGUCGGUGACCCAGUGUUUUGAGUUUCUUGUGUCUCUGAGUUUUGUAUUAUGAUUUUAGUUCCCUUUGUUCCCCCAGUUUAUUCUUU